AUGGCAGACGAUAUCGAGCGAGGGCGCAAAGGCGCUGAGACUACGACUGAUGAGGAUGAAUCGUUUAAGGUGUCUGUGGGUGUUGGACAGGAGCAGCUUGCGCAAGUGACUGUUCCCCAUGAGUCCUUUGAAGGAUAUCACCGGUUCGAUGCGACUGCGACGUGGACGCCGGAUGAGGAGCGGCGGGUAGUGCUUAAGACGGACUUUUUGCUUCUUGGUUGGGUCUGCAUUAUGUUCUUCGGAUUGCAAUUGGAUCGGGGGAAUCUGUCGAAUGCCCUAACAGAUAGCCUGCUGGAGGAUCUGAACAUGAACAGCAAUGACUAUAACAAUGGCACAACAAUCCAACUCGUCCUCUUCCUGGCCGCCGAAUUCCCCGUUCAACUCCUUAUCAAGCGCUACGGUUUCCGAAGAGUCCUUCCCCUGAUGAUGAUGGGGUGGAGUCUCGUCUCGUGGACUCAAUCGUGGAUGACCAGCAGGGCUUCGUUCUAUGUGACGAGAGCUCUGAUCGGUGCUCUGGAGGGUGGCUUCAUUCCGGGAACGGUUCUCUUUGCGACGUAUUUCUACAAGACCCGGGAGUUGUCCUUUCGACUGGCUUUCUUUUGGUCGUCAUUGAAUGUCGCCCGAAUCAUCUCCUCCCUCCUUGCGGCAGGAAUCCUCAAAAUGCGCGGGAUCGAGGAUAAACCCGGCUGGUUCUGGCUAUUCCUCAUCGAAGGAUUGUUGACUUUUGUCAUUGGACUGAUUAGUUUCUUCUACCUCCCCAGUUCGCCUACCAAUACCAAGAGCGUUCUCUGUCGUAGAUCAUGGUACACUGAGAGACAGGAGGUGAUCAUGGUCAAUCGACUCCUCCGCGACGACCCAUCCAAAGGUCUCACACACAUCCACGAAGCCGCCUCCUUCCGCAACGUCCUCGACGCCUGGAGUGACAAAUCCAUGUGGGGACUGUACUUCAUCGGCCUAGUCGCCUACAUCCCGCAGGGCCCGGUGCAAUCCUACCUCUCCCUGACCCUAAAGCGCAUCGGCUUCUCAACCUUCGACUCGAACAUGCUCUCGAUCCCGUCCGCCGCUUUGCAAAUUAUCCUCAUGCUCAUCCUGUCCAAGAGCAGCGAGUACUUCGGUGAACGAACGUUCCACUCGCUCUUCGGCGAGUUCUGGUCCCUACCGUUGUUGGCUGCGUUGUUGGGUUUGCCGGCGUAUGGACACGACUGGGCGCGGUUUACCAUUACGACGUUGAUAUCCGGGUAUCCGUACUUCCAUCCGAUUGUGUCUGCGUGGAUCUCGGAGAAUACGUUCGAUGUACAGAAGCGUGCUAUCACGGCUGCAACGUAUAACGUCGUCGUGCAGAUUGGCUCUAUUAUUUCAUCUCAAAUCUACCGCGACAAUGACUCACCCUACUACUAUACCGGCGACAAAAUCCUCAUCGCGCUCUGCGUAGUCUCACUGGCCGCCUUUAUCGUCCAACGACAAUACCUCUGGUUCUUGAACCGGCAGAAGGAUAAAGCGUGGAACGCUAUGUCUCGGGAGGAGCAGGUUCUGUAUCAAUCUGAUCAAGUGGCGAGAGAGAAGGAGGGGAAUAAGCGGUUGGAUUUCCGGUUUAAGUACUGAGUAAAUGUUUUGCUGUAUUUAAUUAAUUCGAGAAUGGAUG